CCAGGAAGACUGUUCACACUACAUUUGAAACGCUGGGAAGCUUCUAAGAGGGGAUGCAUCUAGGAGCUGAGUGGUGUGACCUUGGGCAGGUGUCCCAACCUCCUCAAGACUCCUGCGUCACCGGUGUGAGGACUGGAUGUGUCGAGUGCCUGGCCGAGGAGAGAAAGAUGAGAACCCACCAGGUGCUCGCUUUCCUCCUGCUCUUCGUGAUUGCCUCCGGGGCCUCUGAGAACACCAGCACGUCCCGGGGCUGCGGGCUGGACCUUCUCCCUCAGUACGUGUCCCUGUGCGACCUGGACACCAUCUGGGGCAUCGUGGUGGAGGCCGUGGCGGGGGCGGGCGCCCUGAUCACGCUGCUCCUGAUUCUCAUCCUCCUGGUGCGCCUGCCGUUCAUCAAGGACAAGGAGAAGAAGGACCCCGUGGGCCUCCACUUCCUCUUCCUCCUGGGGACCCUGGGCCUCUUUGGCCUGACGUUCGCCUUCAUCAUCCGGGAGGAUGAGACCAUCUGCUCCGUCCGCCGGUUCCUCUGGGGCGUCCUCUUCGCGCUCUGCUUCUCCUGUCUGCUGAGCCAGGCGUGGCGCGUGCGGAGGCUGGUGCGCCACGGCAAGAGCCCUUCGGGCUGGCAGCUGGUGGGCGUGGCCCUGUGUCUGAUGCUGGUGCAGGUCAUCAUCGCCAUCGAGUGGCUGGUGCUGACCGUGCUGCGCGACGAGAAGCCGGCCUGUGCCUACGAGCCGAUGGACUUCGCGAUGGCCCUCAUCUACGACAUGGUACUGCUCGUGGCCACCCUGGGGCUGGCCCUCUUCACGCUGUGCGGCAAGUUCAAGAAGUGGAAGCAGAACGGGGUCUGCAUCCUGGUCACGGCCUUCCUCUCCGUGCUCGUCUGGGUGGCCUGGAUGACCAUGUACCUCUUCGGCAAUGCGGAGCUGCGGCAGGGAGACGCCUGGGGAGACCCCACCUUGGCCAUCACGCUGGUGGCCAGUGGCUGGGUCUUCGUCAUCUUCCAUGCCAUCCCAGAGAUCCACUGCACCAUCCUGCCUGCCCCGCAGGAGAACGCACCCAACUACUUCGACACGUCGCAGCCGAGGAUGCGGGAGACGGCGUUUGAGGAAGACGUGCAGCUGCCGCGGACCUACAUGGAGAACAAGGCCUUCUCGAUGGAUGAACACAGUGCAGCUCUCCGAACAGGAUUUCGCAAUGGCAGCUUGGGAAACAGACCCAGCGCUCCGUUCAGAAGUAACGUGUAUCAGCCAACUGAGAUGGCCGUUGUGCUCAACGGGGGGACUAUCCCAACUGCUCCGCCAAGUUACGCUGGAAGACACCUCUGGUGAAAGACUUUACGUUCCAGAGAAUAAGAAUCUCUCUUACCGAUUUUAUUCCCUGGCCGUGUCUUUCUUGAGGGAGAAAUCAGUAACAGUAGCUGAACAAGGCCGCCUCGCAGCCAGGAGAUUUGGAAAUCCUAGACAAGGGGAUUUUGUGUAAAUGUGAACACUGCUGAACUGAAAAGCUAACACCGACUGCCCUCCCCUCCCCUGCCCCUCACACACACACACACACACACACACACACACACACACACA